CUGGGACUUCAUUCAGGUCGUUGACAUAAAGACAAUAUGGAAGGAAAACAAUUGUCAUACUACAUGGUGCUUGAAGACACAACCAAAGAUAAAUUCCUGUGCUAUAUAAAAAAACUAAACGAAACGCAUAAUAUCUAUUUAACAGAUGCCACAGAUGUAUGGAGCAUCGAUGUAUCUGAAGACUUAUUAAGCCAGUUUAGGGAGAAGGUUUUACUGAAGUCUACAGAAGAGUACAUGAGGAAAAUCAGGUCUGCUCUGGGUACAGGCUGCUCCGCGGUGCUGUUGCAGCCCAGCGGAGGAGCAGUGUUGCGGGUGGACUCCAGCCCAACAGACCUCAGCCUCCCGCUGGCCCGUCUGGACCGCCUGCCGGCGCGGGCAGAGGUCAAGGAGCUGCUGUUUGGGAUGGCCGCCCACCUCUCCCAGUCUAGCAGACAACAAGCUGCGGCCCAGUCGGUUAGUCCUGGGAAGACCCACUACAAGAGGCAUAAUAAUACAGAGUUCGGGCCGCGGGUGCAGAGGAAGGCGGGCCCAACGGUGCCCCUGUCAAAGCGUGUGGCGGGGGACUCCCUAAUCAACCCGGGAACCAAGAAGAAGUGCCAAACAACAGGUGUGGCCUUUGAUGAUACCGAAGAAGAUUGAAUUUAAUGUUUUUAAGAAUAUGUAUCUGAAGAGAACAAGGAGUUUGUUAUUCUGCUCAACACGUACAUAUAUUAUGUAGUUUGAACGUGGCUUUUGUUUUAACCCACUGAUGCCUGAUACAGCUUUUAACCUUACUGCCUACAUCAUGAAAUCUUUUUUAAUGUAACCAAUAUUCAUCGCUUCAAUCAGGGAAUAGCUUUGAAAUGGUUUUAUUUUUUGAAAUAAAUGUAAUAGAUGCUAUUUUUUUUACUUAAUCCAAUGUGUUCAGCAUGACGUACAUCGAAGCCAUUUAGAUUCAGUCAGACAGUUUCAGUCUGUUUAUGUCUCUAAGAAGAAUUACACAGAGGAAAGCAGGGCCUGUUGUGAGCAAAGGAAAGGAGACCAAGAAAAAUGAAGACCUUUUCUAACCUCUUUUCCUUGACCAUGAGGAAAACAUGAAGGAGAAUUCAUGAGGACUUAGGAAAGGAUAACAGUGCUGUAUCACGCCAGCUAUAUAUACGUGGACAAUGGGGAAAAAAAUAAAUAAAUUACUACGGUAAAUUAAGGGACAUGGACAUGGAUCCGAAUCAGUAUGAUUGAAUGAAAAUAAUUGUCUGCCAUAAUGAUGGUUUGUUUUCGUGAAUGGACGAGUGGUGCGAGUGAGGAACCUUACCAAGCAUAAAAAAUUUAUAAUUUAGCCCAAGUGAAGGAGAUGGAGGAAAUCACUCCCCAGAAAACAAUUCAUACUCCAAUGCAUACAAUUGUAUUCCAUUUCCAAAUGAUAGAAGAAAAUAUCGAAAUAUUCAAUCUUCAAUUGCCGCGUUUCAGCUUCAUGAAGUGCUCAGAAACCAGUUUAAUCAGACACAGGCUCAAAUGUUGUCUUUGAUCUUCUCUUUUUAAUUAAAAGUAAAUAAUGCUUCACUGCUGGAAAAAAAAAAUCACGUUUACAGACAUUCAAGAAUUCAUACUGUAUAUAUUUAUAUUAUCACAAAGUUAAGUAUCACGAGGAUCAUUUUUUUUUCACUGAUGGCAUCUUACUCCAUGAGUUGCUGGUGUUGUAGGCAGUCUCUGAAAUACUUCACUCCAUAACGGCUCUCGCACUCACUUAUGGUGCUCCACUCAACUAACAAGUUUCCGAUCUUUCCUGUUUUACAAGAGCAAGUUGAAGGUUGUGAUGUUGACAUAUUUCAGAUAAAAGCCAAUAAAAAAUGGCAAAAAAAAUGUAAAUAACUUACAUUGAUGGUUUGAUUGACCGAAAUGCAAAUCAGAUCAGAUGUAAAUUACCUAUAGAAAAUAACACACUUGAAAGUUUUCCAUUGUAGAGUAAAACCAAAACCAGCAGCUCAGCUGGAGCCUCUCUUUGACUGUUACAAUCUACAGAAAUAAAUGAAGCACAACAGUCAAUAGUUUCUCAGUGUGAAGACGAGACGAUUUCAGAAUAAAAGCACACACACAUCCCAUAAUCACCAAGAAAUCGACUGUAAUUUGUAGUGAAACAAGGUGUGCAACAGCAGAUAAGACGCAAUGCAACCAAAGGUGCCACUCGCCCCGAAGUUUAACCACAUGCCAAGAAAACAGUCAGCUUGUUAAAUAGAAAGGUGUGAUUAUUACAGAUGUCUCUUGUGGAACUGAAAUUCCUCUCGUGAAGUAUAGUACACACGUUUUACCUUUUAUAGAUGUUCGGGUUAAAGCAUUGUGUGUGAUCCCAGUUCUCUGUAUCACAGUGGUGGUAGUGAUCAUCUUAAGAAUAAAGCGCUUGUUACAUUUUAGCAGGAUUCAAUGUAGACAUAAAGGUGAAAUUACCUGUUCACUCAGUAAGAAAUAAUACAAAUAAAAAGGGAAAAGAGCAUUUGGUUUAGAUGUUCAAGAUGACGGGUUUAAAUGAUCCUUUACAACAGAUGCAUCGAUGGAGGUACUCUUCCCAACAGGCCUGUCAUCUCACUUCCUCCACCGACAGGAAGCAGCGAAGCGUCCCUGUAUUUUCCUCGGGCGUUUUAACAUCAAUAAAACAAUAGAACAAAACGGACUGGCUCUCCAAGCGAUCCUGACUCUCUGUUUGCACGCUGCUGCCAUAACUUCUAGAUAACUGCCAGCUAAAACCAUACGCAGGUCGGGUCCUCAGGCAGUAUUUCUGAUUAUCAUUUCUAUAUUCCAAAAUAAAUCAUUCCUCUAGCCACAUAAAAAUAUAAUGUAUCACGACACGACAACCUCUUAUAUCAUCUCAGCAUGCUCUCAAGGCGGGGGGCCUCCUAGUAAGAGGAGGAGGAAGAGGAGUCCCAUUUGGCCGGGGUAGGGUCGGGCAACACGAUUACAUUUACUGUCAGAAGUUAAGCCACCACACUGUGUGUGUGUGUGUGUGUGUGUGUGUGUGUGUGUGUGUGUGUGUGUGUGUGUGUGUGUGUGUGUGUGUGUGUGUGUGUGUGUGUGUGUGUGUGUGUGUGUGUGUGUGUGUGUGUGUGUG